GUCUAUUAUAAUGUCUAGAGCCAACAGAAAGAAAGCAGUUCUUGGAGAAUUUACAAAAAAGGAAGGUUGAUGGCUGUUUGGUUGGGGCUGAAUGUUUUCCUGUUUGUGGAUGCUUUCCUGAAAUAUGAGAAGGCCGACAAGUACUACUAUACAAGAAAAAUCCUUGGGUCAACAUUGGCCUGUGCCCGAGCCUCUGCUCUCUGCUUGAAUUUUAACAGCAUGUUGAUCCUGCUUCCCGUGUGUCGCAAUCUGCUGUCCUUCGUGAGGGGCACCUGCUCAUUUUGCAGCCGCACACUGAGAAAGCAAUUGGAUCACAACCUCACCUUCCACAAGCUGGUGGCCUAUAUGAUCUGCCUACAUACAGCUAUUCACAUCAUUGCACACCUGUUUAACUUUGACUACUACAGCAGAAGCCGACAGGCCACGGAUGGCUCCCUUGCCUCCAUUCUCUCCAGCCUAUCUCAUGAUGAGAAAAAGGGGGAUUCUUGGCUAAAUCCCAUCCAGUCCCCAAACAUGACAGUGGAGUAUGUGACAUUCACCAGCAUUGCUGGUCUCACCGGAGUGAUCAUGACAAUAGCCUUGAUUCUCAUGGUAGCUUCAGCUACCGAGUUCAUCCGGAGGAGUUAUUUUGAGGUCUUCUGGUAUACUCACCACGUUUUUAUCUUCUAUAUCCUUGGCUUAGGGAUUCACGGCAUUGGUGGAAUUGUCCGGGGUCAAACAGAGAAGAGCAUGAAUGAGAGUCAUCCUUGCAAGUGUGCAGAGUCUUUUGAGAUGUGGGAUGAUCGUGACUCCCACUGCAGGCGCCCCGAGUUUGAAGGGCACCCCCCUGAGUCUUGGAAGUGGAUCCUUGCACCGGUCAUUCUUUAUAUCUGUGAAAGAAUCCUCCGGUUUUAUCGCUCCCAGCAGAAGGUUGUGAUUACCAAGGUUGUCAUGCACCCAUCCAAAGUUGUAGAAUUGCAGAUGAACAAGCGUGGCUUCAGCAUGGAAGUGGGACAGUAUAUCUUUGUUAAUUGCCCUUCAAUCUCUCUCUUGGAAUGGCAUCCUUUUACAUUGACCUCUGCUCCAGAGGAAGAUUUCUUCUCCAUUCAUAUCCGAGCAGCAGGGGACUGGACAGAAAAUCUCAUAAGGGCUUUUGAACAACAAUAUUUAACAAUUCCCAGGAUUGAAGUGGAUGGUCCCUUUGGCACAGCCAGUGAGGAUGUUUUCCAGUAUGAAGUGGCUGUGCUGGUUGGAGCAGGAAUUGGGGUCACCCCCUUUGCUUCUAUCUUGAAAUCCAUCUGGUACAAAUUCCAGUGUGCAGACCACAACCUCAAAACAAAAAAGAUCUAUUUCUACUGGAUCUGCAGGGAGACAGGUGCCUUUUCCUGGUUCAACGACCUGUUGACUUCCCUGGAACAGGAGAUGGAGGAAUUAGGCAAAGUGGGUUUUCUAAACUACCGUCUCUUCCUCACUGGAUGGGACAGCAAUAUUGUUGGUCAAGCAGCAUUAAACUUUGACAAGGCCACUGACAUCCUGACAGGUCUGAAACAGAAAACUUCCUUUGGGAGACCAAUGUGGGACAAUGAGUUUUCUAAAAUAGCUACCUCCCACCCCAAGUCUGUAGUGGGAGUUUUCUUAUGUGGCCCUCAGGCUUUGGCAAAGAGCCUGCGCAAAUGCUGUCACCGAUAUUCCAGUCUAGAUCCUAGGAAGGUUCAAUUCUACUUCAACAAAGAAAAUUUUUGAAUUAUAGGCAUAAGGAUGGUAAUCGGCAUUGUCUCUCCUUUGUAUCUUCAAUAACUUACUUGGUCUGGUCAGGUUUGAGCAGUCACUUGAAGAAUGUGCCUCUCAAGCCUUGACUCCCUGGCAUUCUUUUUUUUGACUGCAUUCAACUUUGUCACUUAAGCUUCAGCAACGUAAAAACUUCUGAAGUUCUUAAAGCCCAUGGAUCCUUUCUUGGGAAAACAGCUGUACUUCUGGACAGCCGUGACUGUAGCAAGGCUUGAUAGCAGAGCUUUGGUGGUUGAGAGUUAUACAAUCAAUCCCAGGCAGUUUUAUCAAUUCCAGAUGUUACUAUCUCCUGAAUUUUGGUUUGUAAUCUCUUGCCCCUCUCACCCCCACAGAAGAUUUCUAAGUAGGGUGACUUUUUAAAUAAAAAUUUAUUGAAUAAUUAAUGAUAAAACAUAACAAUAAACAUAAAUAAUAAACAAAGUUACCAAGAACCCCUUCCCCAUAUAACACCAACAGUGUACAUUUUUACUGUUACUUUCCAUAUGGUAUUAUCCAGUGUGAACAGCAAUUUAUUCUUAUUUUUGCUUGUCAAAAAAUAAAGGAUUUUCUU